AUGUCUGAUUAUGAAGAUGAAGCAAUCCAAAAUGAAGGGGUUAGCGUUGAUGCACAUGCAAGUAGUAAAACACCCGGUGCCUCUAAGUCAAAGAAACGAAAAAUUAGUCGGACAAAAUCUGAGGAACUUCAUGCUGACACUAAAUUGAAUGGCACAAGUUCUUUAAAAGCUCACAUUAAAAGCUGCCCAAAAUGUCCCUAUAGUAGUACCGACCCUACACAAACCGAACUAAUUGCCCCUUCAUCAGAAGGAGAGUCUUUAAGUUUUGGGAAAUUUGAUGCAACUGCAAUUAGAAAGUCUGUGGCUGAAAUGAUCAUAAUUGAUGAAUUGCCUUUUAGGUUUGUGGAAGCAAAGGGGUUUAGAAAAUGCAUGUUUACUGCUUGUCCUAGGUUUCGUAUGCCAUCUAGAUGGACUGUUGCUAGAGAUUGUUACAAGAUUUAUUUGGAUGAAAAGAAAAAUGUGUCCAACAUUUUUCAUAAGGGAGAAGAUAUUGGUAAGGCAAUUGAGAAAUGUUUGCGGGAUUGGGGACUUGAUAAUGUUUUUACUAUAACAGUAGACAAUGCUAGUUCAAAUGAUGUUGCUACGGGGUAUUUGAGGAAGAAGUUCAAUAAUUUGGGUAGUUCGAUUUUAGAUGGGAAAUUUCUUCACAUGAGAUGCAUUGCUCACAUUGUUAAUUUGGCUGUGAAUGAUGCUUUGAAGGAAAAUAAUGAAUCAAUUUGUCGUGUUAGAGGGGCAGUGAGAUAUGUGAGACAAUCACCAUCUAGAUUGCAAAAGUUUAAAGAAUGUAUUCAAAUGGAGAAAAUUCAAUCCAAGGCUUUGUUAAGCUUAGAUGUAUGCACUAGGUGGAAUUCUACUUAUCUUAUGUUGGAUUCAGCACAAAAGUUUGAGAGAGCCUUUGAGAGAUUUGAGGAGCUUGAUCCACAUUAUGGUCAUGACCUUUUGAAUAGUGAAGGAAUUACGGACCAUGAUGGUUGGGAAAAUGUUAGGAGGUUGUGCAUGUUUUUGGGUCAUUUCUAUGAUCUUACUGUGAAAGUUUCAGGCUCAUUGUAUGUUACUUCAAAUACUUAUUUUCCAGAAAUAUGUGAAGUGUAUUCUAUUUUGCGUGAUUGGAUAAAGAGUCGGGAUUCACAUUUUAGUUCAAUGGCACAAAGAAUGAAAGAUAAAUUUGACAAGUAUUGGGGAAAUGUGGACAAAAUGAAUAUGUUGUUGUAUGUUGCAACUGUGCUUGACCCUAGGAGAAACCUCUAUAUUGUCCAAAAAGCUUAG